GACUUGUGACUUUUUUUUGUUGGUUUAAUCGACUUCUUUAACUGUGUGGAUAUCUUUCAUCUGUCAAACAUUUAUUAAAUGUUAAUCAAAUUGACAAUUGCUAAACAUAUUGUGUGUGCGUGCCAUGAAAUUAUUGAACAAUCACAAUAGUCAUAGAGCUUUUGAUUCGAAUAUAAAUCACCAAGUUACCACCAACAUAAUGUCAUCAUCAAAUCAUCGUAAACGUCGUGGAAAUUUGCCCAAAGAAUCAGUUAAAAUUUUACGAAUGUGGCUUUAUGAACAUCGUUAUAAUGCAUAUCCAUCGGAUCAGGAAAAACAAUUAUUAUCCCAAAUGGCUAAUUUAAGCGUAUUACAGGUUUGCAAUUGGUUUAUCAAUGCCCGUCGUCGAAUAUUACCGGAUAUCAUACGAAAAGAAGGCAAUGAUCCAUUAAAAUAUACCAUUACUAGAAAAAGUUCAAAUAAACGUCAAAACCAUCAUCAUCAUCUGGGUGGUGGCCAAAAUAAUAAUCAUCAUUCAUCAUCGCGUACAAUUUCUCAAUACAAUGGUUUUGGUUGUAUAAUCGAUAAUAAUCAAAGAUGUACUGUAGAUGAUGCUGACGAUGACGAUGAUGAUAAUGAUGAUGGAUUCAGUUCGAAUGAGAGUAUCGAAGACGAUGUUGGUGAUGAAAGCAACGUUGACUCAGAUAAUGGAAGUACAACUAGUACGGCCAAUUCUAAUCAAAGUGAUUUUAGUCGACCAUUAAGUCAUUGUUCAUCAUUUAACGAUUCACCAUUAAAAUUGACCAAAAGAUGGAGAAAAAAUCAUGAAGAAGAUCAACAAUUACGCCAAUCGGAAUUUAAUUUGAUUAUUGAUGCGAAUGAUGUUGAUGAAGCGAAUAGAAAAACAAAACGUUCGAUUCUCGAUAUCGAUGAUAAUCAUUCGCCAGGAUUUGUUCAAUAUUACCACCAUGACCAUCACCACCGAAAUCAUCAUCAUCAUUAUAAUUCAUAUCGUAUCGAUAAUACAACAACAUCCAUUGUCAAUUGGCUCAAUCAAACAGCGAAUGGCAAUUCGGCUGCUGCUGCAGCAGCCGCAACAAUGAUGCAAUUAUCAUCGUCGGCAUCAUCUAGUUAUUCGAAUGAAUCAUAUUCAUCAUUGAAUGAUGAUGAUCAUCAUCAUAAUUCACUUUCAUCACCGUCCACGAUGACAACAUUAUCAUCAUUAUCCACGUCAUCAUCAAUUAUCAAUGACGGUGAUGAACAACAAUCAAUUUCAUCGACAGCAUCAUCGAUAGCCGGUUCACCAUCACCAUCAUCAUUUAAUUAUCUAUAUCUUCUAGCUUCGGCUGCUGUUGAAAGGUUAAGUAAUAGCAGCAAUAGUAAUGAUAAUGAUGACCAGCAAUUAUCAAUCAAGAAUAAUGAAAAUAAUCAUCUAGAAUUGGCAAUCAAAACGUAACACACACAACAAUACAUUUUGACUUUCUUGGUUAAUAUAAAUCAUGAUAGAUAUUUAGAUCAAGAAUUCUACCUCUUCCACCUUCUUUACAUGUGAAUCAAUUAUAUACCCGGUCAUCAAAAUUUUAAUUUAUUAAUGAAAUGACU